AUGGCUACAGCAUCAGUUUCAACACCCCUCAAGUCCCACAAGGGGCUUUUCUCCUCCCGCACAGCAGGCGGGCGGAUGCCCUUGACUCCCUCGCCCUGCCAACGCUCUACUGGCGUCAGCAUCAACUCAUCCCCUUUUACACCCGACAAGUCGAACAAUGACUCCCACCGUGUACCGUCCAAGUCAGUCUACGGCGGUAACCUAGCUGCCCACUUCGCCAAGUCCACCAAGAACCACCGUGACUCGCCGAAGUCCAACAUCGCCCGCGUUGUGUCAACCCCUCGCAAGGUUCUCGAGUUGGGCGUGUCAGACUUUACGCUAAAGGGCACGGGCCCCAGUGUCAAGACAUCUCCCAGCGCCAAAGCCAAGAAGCCGGUUGCUACCGUCAAGCCCAAGACCAGCAAGACGACCAUCAACUACAAGGCCGAUCGCUUCAUCCCUAACCGGUCUUCGAGUUCGGCAAUUGCCAAUGCUGGGUCAGCAAAGAUCAGGAUCCGUGACCAGCAGCGCCCGAGGAGCGGUCGCGAGGACACCUCGUCGUCUCUUGGAUCCACCACCGACGAUGCUGUCGCCGCUCUUGAGGGCCUCAACAUCAACGAUGAGGAGCCAUCCUCCUACUCGCGGCUCUCGCCUAACUCAAUCGCUUACCAAGAAUCGCUAGCCGAUGCUUGCGGUGUGAACCUCAGCACGCGCAUCCUUGAGUUUAAGCCUGCACCCCCUGAGUCAUCCAAGCCCAUCGACCUGCGCCAGCAGUACAACCGCCCUCUAAAACAGGCCAGCGCGGCUUCAGCCCAGUUUAGGCGCCGCAUUGCCACCGCUCCGGAGCGUGUCCUGGACGCACCUGGCCUCAUCGAUGACUACUACCUCAACCUGCUCGACUGGAGCACGGGCAAUCAGGUGGCCAUUGGCCUCGAGCGCAAUGUUUACGUUUGGUCCGCAGACGAGGGUUCCGUGAGCUGCCUCCUUGAGACAAGCCCGGAUACAUACGUCAGCAGCGUCAAGUGGUCCGGGGAUGGUGCUUACGUGGGUGUGGGCCUGGGCACAGGAGAGGUCCAAAUCUGGGAUGUUGCCGAGGGCGUCAAGAUUCGCAGCAUGCUCGGCCACGACACCCGCGUUGGCGUCAUGGGCUGGAGCAAGCACCUGCUCUCCACCGGGGCGCGGAGCGGUCUCGUUUUCAACCACGACGUCCGUAUUGCGGAGCACAAGGUGGCCGAGCUUGUCUCCCACACCUCCGAGGUCUGCGGUCUGGAGUGGCGCUCGGAUGGCGCUCAGCUCGCCACCGGCGGCAACGACAACCUCGUUUCCAUCUGGGAUGCCCGGUCCCUGGCCGUCCCCAAGUUCACCAAGACCAACCACAAGGCCGCCGUCAAGGCCCUCGCUUGGUGCCCCUGGAACAUGAACCUGCUCGCCACCGGCGGUGGUUCGUAUGACCGUCACAUCCACUUCUGGAACUCCACCUCCGGUGCCCGCGUCAACAGCAUCGACACGGGCUCGCAAGUUACCAGCCUUCGCUGGAGCCCGCACUACCGCGAGAUCGUUAGCUCAAGCGGUUUCCCCGACAACUCUCUGAGCAUUUGGAGCUACCCCACCCUCGUCCGGAACGUCGAGAUCCCCGCCCACGAGAGCAGAGUCCUCCACAGCUGCCUCAGCCCUGAUGGUCAGAUGCUGGCCACAGCUGCUGCCGACGAGAGCUUGAAGUUCUGGAAGAUCUUUGAGAAGAAGCCCGGCAGUGGCUCCAGCUCCAGCGGUAUUGGUGGGCUUACCAAGGCCACCACGCCCAAGCACAUGAAGAUCCGUUAA